GUUUGCAGUAGGUACGUACUUCUACUAGGUACAGUACUUGUACAGUGCGCCGUUCGGGUCUUUCGUUCCGUUCUGCAAAGCCAACACCAACUGUAAGACUAGCAAUAGAUCUAGCAAUAGAACUAGCAAUAGCACUAGCAUUAAGAUGUCCGGGGGGCACAGGCAGGAACUCAAAUCAAGCAGUCAACAGUCGAACUCGAUUGCUACGCUACGCUAGGGAACAGAGUUAACAGAGGCAACAAACCGUACCGGCAGGCAGCAAGCACAAACCACAAGAAAACAAAAACAGCGCACGCAACGAAACGAAACGCACGCUCCAUGGGCAAGUUUGUUCGGCGGUCGUACAAGACCGCCGGCAAAAGGUCGUCUGGAGGUUUUGGUUGUCGCUUCAACCCGCACCACACAGCCUUUGUGCUGCUUGGUCUGGCAAUGAUUUUGCUUCGCCACAACCAGAGCAAGGAAAUCUUCUCGAGAUUCUCGGACCUGGACGUUGGGACACUAGCAAAUCCAUUGCCAAAUACAGCGACAGCAACAGCGACAGCGCCACACCAAGGGUCGAUUCGGGCCACCACAGGAGCACCGCCACCGCAAGCUGCGGCUUCCAACGCAACACCCACCACAGAGUGCACCCGAGAAGAAUUGCUCACGAUCCGAAAACACCUCAACCCGGAGUUUUGUCCCACGGCCCGCGAAUUCGCCUACUUCCAGUUCUGCAGCCUCACCCAGGCCACCAAGUGCGUCGACGCGAGCAACUGGCUGGAAGACUACUAUCGGGAUCUCCGAAAGGAAGGCAGCCUUCCCGACGCCUUUUUGGGACUGUCGGUGGGCUGCAACAAGGGCUUUGAUGCCCUCAACACGCUAAGGAUGGGAACCCACGACACGGCCUUUACCAAAAAGGCCUGGAAGCAGUCCAUGGAACUGGACGGGGCAAAACUCUCCGAAUCCGUCUGCAACCAGGACAUUGUCGACGAAUUCCAGGUGUCUCUCGAGGAUAACAGCAAUCCUGCCGAUGCAGCUGCCGAUGCAUUCGCAACCGGCGAAAUGCACUGCUUCGAGCCCAUGCCACCAACGGUGAAAAAGCUCCAGCAUGCCGCAAAGCAACUCGGGUACGACCAAAAGGGAUUCAAGGUCGUCCACGCCGGGGUCUCCAAAACACCCGGAACCGCAUGGUUCGCAACGGUAGGCUCCGAAUCAGGCGUAGAAAACGUCGGCAUGGACAACUGCGAGGCCAUGGGUCCGAUACGAAAGGCAAAAUACUGCACGCAGGUUCCCGUUGUCUCCCUCAAGGACUAUGUCAAACAACACAUCGACGGUGACAACGACAACGACAAUGCCAACGGCAAAAAGCGAACCAUCCACCACCUGUCCAUCGACGUCGAGGGUUUCGACGCAGACGUUCUGUCCGGAACGGGUUCGGAUGUCCUGAAACGGGUCGAGUACCUAGAAUUCGAAUACAACUGGAUGGGAUCCUGGAAGGACCAACACCUCUACGACGUGGUAACCGCCCUCGACCAGAUCUCCAUGACCUGCUACUGGGCCGGAACGAGGCGCCUGUGGCGCAUCACCGGCUGCUGGAUGCGCUACUACGACAUCCACACGUGGUCCAACGUGGCCUGCGUCAACCGGAACCUCGUUCCGAAACUAGCGGCAAAGAUGGAGGACGUCUUUCGUGCCACCCUCGGCGACUCUGCCAUUACGGCACACACCUUUCGGAACCCGGUCUGGCGGCGGGCCAACCACUGGAUGAGAGGCUUAAAAAACGAUCCCAUGCUCGCCACCGAGCCCCACGAAGCAAUGGUGUCGACGGAGUACCUCUAGGAGUAUCUCCAGGAGUAUCUGCAGGAGGAUCUCCAGGAGUAUCUCCAGGAGUAUCUCUAGUCCUCCCACGCCCGCUGUUGGUUCCGUCCGUGACGCAGACGCCCACUCGUGUAGUUCAUAAGUGUGAAGUGGGCCGAGACUCACUACGGACUUACUAAACAAUCUUACCAGCGGUACACCAGAAUCGAAUCUACAGUAUCUAGUACGAAGUAGUAGUAGUAGUAGCAGUAUCUAUUACAGUACUCGUACUUUACUCAUAACUCGUAGUCAUCUACUGAAGGAGUAUCGUAAUUUUCUGGGAAUGCUCCAAAAUAAUGUGCUGCACUGCAU